AUGUUUGCUAUCCGUGCGUCCUAUCUGUCGCUCCUGCAGACUGUGGCGGCUAGUUGCGGGUUGCCGUAUGCUUCCGUGGUGUUUGAAAUGGCCGGAGAUGGAUCGCCUGUCUAUGGAGUUGAGGUUGACGUGCCCUGCGCUGGGAAUGUGGCGCCAUGCCGUAGUUUUUUCUUUUGUGCGCCCAGGGAUGGGUUCUCGGGGCCUGGCUACGAGCAGGCGGCUCUACAGGCUAUAGCUUUUUUGCAGAAAGUGUAUGGAUUUGUUGUCGAGGAUUACAAUUUUCAGGGUGUACUCAUGUAUAGGAGAGUCGCCGGUGCAGCUGUUUCGGUGGCUGCGAGAGCAGCAGGGAUGGUUGGGCCUGUGGGUGCCUGUAGUGCUGCUCUUGGCUGUGGUCACCUCAACCAGGAUUGCAUUGAUGCGCUGAAAGAAUCAGACGUGAGAGGUGGUAAAAUUGUUUACAAUAGAUGCUGUAAGGGUGGAAAAGUGGUCAUACUCCCUUAUAGAGGGCGCCCUGAGCCAAUUGCGUCUCUGGCUAGGUUUGACGGUGAUGCUCGAUGUAGACGGUUCUUAAAGAACAUACGCCAAUAUAACUGUCUAUUUGCUUUUACGUCGAUGGGUGCAAACAUAGAUAGGUCUAUGAAUGAUGGCCGUGGUCCCCCGGUGUUCAAGAUAUCUGGCCAGAUCCACCAUCGUAUAGGGUCCCUUCUUCCAGAUCACGGUGAACUUCCGAAGUUUAUCCAACUGUACAUAUAUGAUACUGCUAACGAGGUCAGGAAUAGAAUACGUGCCUUACAUCCAGAUGAGCGUCCCUCAGAUCCUCUAGAACCACCGGUCGUUGGUCAAUUGCUGGACACGUUAGACACUCACAACCCAUUGGCUAAACAAUUUAUAUUGGCGAGGUACCCUCUCUUGUUUCCCUAUGGUGAACGCGGAUACCAGGUUGGCGUGGUUUACAGUGGUGUCACUGCAAGCGAUGGUGGUGAGAUUGGCAAAAGGACCGUCCUACCGGCUUCGCAUACAGGUGGUAGGCGUUAUAUGAUCCAGAAUUAUCAUGAUGGAAUCGCGAUCUGUAGAGUCUACAGUCCACCAGAUUUUUUCACAACGUUCACGUGUAAUCCAAAGUGGCCAGAGAUUACUGAGGCUUUGUCCUCUGAACCUGGGCAGAAACCAACAGAUAGAGCCGAUAUAGUGGUUAGGGUGUAUAAUAUGAAGCUCGAAGAGCUCCUUGCUGAUAUAAAAAGUGGUGCUGCUUUUGGACCUGUGAGUGCUGAAGCGUGGCCUUCCCAUGCUCAUAUUAUUGUAUGGCUCAUUCGAGACACUUCGCAUCCAACACCUGCAUUUAUUGACCAAUUCAUAAGUGCUGAGAUUCCUGAUCCACAGAGAGACCCCCUUGCAUAUGCAUUAGUUGCAGAACAUAUGAUACAUGGUCCAUGUGGACCAAGCCAUGAAACCUGCCCAUGUAUGAAGAAUGGCUUUGAUGACGACCGCCAUGCGUUUGAGGCCGUAGAUAGAACCUUUAGAGAUCUUUUAUCACGUGAGACAGAGGGUGCUGAGAGUUUGGUUUUUGGUGGUAAGGUUGUUGUGCUGGGGGGUGAUCUAAGGCAGAUAUUGCCUGUUGUUGAAGGCGGUAGUAGAGCUCAAGUUGUCAAUGCUGCAAUCGUUAAUUCUCCUUUGUGGAAACAUGUUAAGGUCCUUUCUCUAACUAUAAACAUGAGGCUACGCUGUCUAGAUUUAAGCAUAGAUGCCCAAACAGAGAUUGCUGAGUUUAGUAGAUGGGUGUUAGAUAUUGGGGAAGGCAGUGUAGACGCCAUUAGAAGGGACAGCGAGAUAGAUGCAUCAUGGGUUAAGAUACCGCGUGAGCUUGUGCUUAUGCCACAGGGAGACAAAAUUGCCUCCAUAGUUGAGGCUGUGUACCCAGAACUAUCUACAAGAUACUCUGAAAGACCAUAUCUCCAUAAUCGUGCUAUUCUAACUCCAACCAAUGAAAUUGCAGACAGUAUUAACUCACAUGUGGUGUCCCUAAUACCUGGUGAAAGUAGAGAGUACUUGAGUUCUGAUAGAAUUGCUAAGUCCCCUGGGACCCAUGCUUCUUAUGACCUGCUAUAUCCCAUUGAGUUCUUGAAUUCUUUAAAUGGCAACAAUUUUCCACACCACCGACUCAUCCUUUAG